AUGGAAGGAAAGCAUCCUAAACCUGCAAGAGGUGAAGAUGAAAUACAGAAAUGGGUUAGAUAUGACUACAUGAUCAAAUCUUGGCUGCUUGUAACUAUGAAGUCUGAGAUAGCUGGAAGUCUAGUGACUAUGCAGUCAACAAAAAGUCUUUGGGAAGAGAUUCUGGAAAGUGUGAGUGAUAACUAUUGUAAGCUGAAAGGUUUAUGGGAUCAGAUAUCUGAACUUGAAGGAAUGCCUGAAUGUUUGUGUGGUGCCAUAGCCAAAUGCACUUGCAACAUUGCAAAGAAAAUGCUUGAUCUACAAGCAACUGUCAGAUUGAUUAAGUUGUUGAUGGGAAUUAACUCAGGGUAUGACCAGCAGAAAACCAAUUUCUUGAGUAGAGAACCACUCAUGCAUGUCAAUAGGGCAUACAACCUAGUUCUCCAGAAGAAAGAUUACAACAAAAUGAGGCUUGAGAAGAUAGAGAAGGAUGUAAAGAAGUGUGAUUACUAUGGAAUGAAGGGACAUUUGAGGGAUGAAUUCUUAAAGAUAAUGAGAUAUCCUGAUUGGUUUAAGAAUAUCCCAAAGGGAAAGAGAAAUGCAGGAAACUACAAGCAAGCUGCAAAUUUCGUACACAGAAUAGAUGAAGUGAUGAGAGCAAUGAAGGAUAAUCAAGGUGGAGUUGGAAACAACAACAUCAACUUUGCAGUUGGUAAAUUAGUGGAGAAAGGAGAAUUUAAGUUAUUGUUUGAUAAGAAUGGAUUCAUCUUACAGGGCCCUUCCAUUGAGAAGAGUGAGGUGAUUGGAAGGAAUGAGAAUGAUCUGUACAGGCUGAUCAAGUAUGGUGAUUAUGGGAAUAAUUUUGGGAAAAUGUCUAUGGAUGAUGGACAAGAAAGAGAAGAAAAGAGAAAUGAAUGUAAUAAUGGUUUGACGGAAUAUUAUUGUGACACUUGCUCUGUUGCUAAGCAUCAUAAACUUCCUUUUUUUCCUAGUAAAACUAUUGCAGAGAAUGUAUUUGAUUUGAUCCAUGUUGGUCUUUGGGGGCCUUACAGAACUAAGACUUUGACAGGUGCCUCUUAUUUCCUAACCAUAGUUGAUGAUCACAACAGGGUUACUUGGACACAUUUUUUGUCCAACAAAGAGCAAGUGAAAGGAACUUUACUUGCAUUCUUUUCCCUUAUUGAAAAUCAUUUUGGCACUAAAAAAGUGAAAACUUUAAGAAGUCACAAUGGUACUGAGAUAUUUCAGCAGGAAUAUGGGAAGAUCUUUGCUGAUAGAGGGAUAUGUCAUCAAAGAAGUGUAGCAGGAUUACCUCAACAGAAUGCAAGGGUGGAAAGAAAGUAUAUAUUUCUUCUUGAGACAACUAGGGCUUUAAAAAUCCAUGCAGGGAUGUCUAGCUAUCUUUGGGGUGAAUGUAUUUUUUUUUUGUUAAAUGGUAAACUUGUAUUAACAAAGCAUCCAAAACCAAACACCAUAGGCUAG